AUGGCUUUGAAUGACCCGGCUCUAGAGAUCUUUUACCAGGCCCAGCAGUCUUUCCGCAACCACUUGAACGAUCCCGGUCUUUAUAAUGAGAUCCUCUCCUCUAAUAGCAUCGACGAAGUCUACAACUUGACUGCGAAGCUUCAAGAAGAAGCCGCAGGCAAGGCAGGCCUUCGAAAUCUCGCCAGAAUUCGACCCUUUCUUGAGCGCCUGUCAUCAUAUAGUGCAGUCAUCGAAGUUUUACUCCAAGUCAAGCCAGAGCUCGCAUUGAUCUGGGGCCCAAUCAAGCUGCUCUUGCAGAUGUCCAGCGAGCUGACUAGCGCCUUUGAUCGAGUGGCAGACACAAUGGUAAAGGUCGGCUAUGCUCUUCCUCAGUUCGCCAUGGUCUUGAGCGUUUUUGAGUGGAGUGACGCCAUCCGGGCCGCAAUGGCCUUAUUCUACGGGGACCUCCUGGAAUUUUACCGUGUGAACCUGGACUUUUUUAGGAAACGUCGUUGGAAACAAAUGUUCGAGGCAAUCUGGCCCAGCUACCAGAAGAAACUCGAUGUGGUAGUGAGUAACAUCGAGUUGCAUGCGACCCUGGUGAGGAACGAGGUCACGCUUCUUGACGUUAGUGAAGCGCAAAAGGCUCGCGUGAGGUCGCUCGAGCAAUUCGCCGAGAUCCAAACGUUACAUAGCCGGCAAAGGUUUACAGGCCUGAAAGGGCAGAUUGCACCCAUCUCAUUUGAUGAAAGGUUAGAUUGGAUCUCGAACCGAUCGGUCCCCGGCUGCGCUAAAUGGCUCUUUCGGGACAAUGCUUUCUCUGAAUGGUUUGAUGUUUCAGCGCAGGCCCCUCAAUACCUAUGGCUGCAAGGCAUGCCGGGGGCGGGGAAAACAUAUCUGUGCGCUGCAGCUGUGGGUCAUGCCCGUGAGCGUCAUCGAGUCCUGUUCGCGUUGGUAAACCACGCAGCAAAAAAGACUACAACUGCGCUGGGGGUUCUUCAAUCCAUGAUAUUCCAGGCUGCAGAGGAGAAUCAAGACUUGCAAGCAAUUUUGUUGGAGGCUAAGGAACGUGAACUGCGCGGGAACACGCUGUACGUGACUGAGCUUUUCAAGUCCUUCUUGAAAACAGCAAGUCAAACGUAUAUUAUGAUCGAUGGACUGGAUGAAAUGGAUGAGCGGGAGCGACAGGUCUUACUGGAGCGAUUGGAAGAGAUCGCGAAGGAAUGUUGUGACUUGCGGAUUCUGAUCAGCUGUCGUCCAGAAGGUGAUAUCUCACGGAGACUCGAGAAGAAGGCAUGCGCAAUCAAGAUCCAUGAUCGCAACGCAGGAAGCAUUCAGCAUUACAUUGACCAUCGGGCACGCGACUGGAUCAGUGAAUUGGGUUGUAGUCCCUCCUUGGAGACUGAAUUGUACGGUCUUCUGUCUCCUUUGGCCGCUAAAGCUGCAGGCAUGUUUCUAUAUGCGAGAAUUGUAUUGGACAAUUUACAAGGCAUAGUUGGACUCGAUGACAUUCGCCGCGAACUCAAAGCCCUUCCUGAGGAUCUGAACGAUGCAUACCACCGCAUCUUGCAGAGGAUAAGUGACCUUCCUCCACGGAAACGUGAACGAAGUAGGAAGGUACUGGGCUGGAUCGGGAGUGCGCCGAUUCCCUUGACCGUUUGGGAGAUGGAACAGGCUUUAUCUAUUGAGCUCGAUGAGGAAGGCAAAAUGACCAGUGCAGUUACUCCAGAUCUUCUUAGCAUUGAUUUCGUCCAACUUUGCGGUCCAAUUAUUGAAGUUGCCGAUGGAAAGCUGCAGUUUGUUCAUUUCACGGUCGAGGUAUACCUCUUCAGUCCACGGAUAGCGCACUUUAUAGACAAACAAGUCGCUACCUUCGACCUGUUCAAUAGUUUAAUGGCCUAUCUUAUGUCCGGAAUUGUCGAUCUCGACCUGGAUGAGGGCGAUAUUCAAGAGCAGAUACGGCACGGUCGCUUUCGACUCUUCGAUUAUGCGAGUUUUUACUGGCCGGUUCUUCUUUACGAACUUAUUUCAGUCAAGCGAGAAAGGACUAAUAAUCAAAGAGAUGAGUCGUUGGCUCGUUUACUGAAGAGAGUUGCAAUGACACUCCAGAAUUUCGAUUAUAUCACAAAGGAACCUCAGGAAGGGCAUGAAGUGAAUCGGAUGUGGUCUUUUCUGAAUAACGGAGACUUAGAAUCGAAUGGUGUUAUACGUGGAGCCAAACAGUUUCACUCAAACGAGAAACGAUGGGACUGGAACAUCAAUAAUAGCGAGUCGUGGAUAAACAAAGAUCCAUUGAUCACGUCACAGAUGUUGAUUCGGCUGCGGGAACACCACGAGAUACUACUGUCUAUGCCAGACUGCCGUCCGGACCUGGAGCGACAAUAUGGUCCCGAGCUCUUCCGAUGCACGUACUUGUUCUGUACGCGAAGCCGACGUGGCUUUUCCUCAGCCGACGAGCGCGAUAAACAUGUUGAGAACCAUGGACGCCCAUUCAAAUGCAUCGUUCCGAGCUGCGAGUUCUCUAGCAUUGGCUUCGACUCGGAAGCCAGCCGGCAAAGGCAUUGGAAAAAACACCAUAUCUCAGCCGCACGCGAGACUCAGGCGGCCGUGGAAGCCGCAGAAGGGGUUGGAGGCAACUUUGACGCACUUGAUCCCGAAGAAGCUCAGCCCUUGCUCUUUGUCCUGCUUUCUGAAGAGAAGGUCGACCUUGUACGGCGUCUGCUCGGCUCCCAGGCUGGGAAGAAGUUGAAGCCGGAGGUUAUCGCGCAUGCAAGACUCAUGGCUGCGGAGCAGGGGUCGCUAGCGCUCACCGAGCUCCUAGCACCGGUGACAACGGAGAAAAAAGUACCCUUUAAGGUGUUAGCCGCAGCAGUGGCUAGCGAAAAUGCCGACUUUGCCGAAUGGGCGUAUAAUCACCUUUCACUAGCCGACUGGCCCAAUAUGAUGAAGGCGGUUGUAAAGGUGAGGCGGGAUGAUAUCUUCACUCGAUGGGAAAAGUACACCCAAGGAGAGGUUGAUAAGAUGCGCAUCAGACCACGAUAUGGUGACGAUUUGUUCACCUUGCUCUUUAGACAAUCUUUGUUUACGGACAUCCAGGGCAACGAGCUGAAAGAGGCGAGAACAAAGGGCCUCCUGACGCAGUUCGGACGAUAUAUGUCGUGGGAAAUUUUAGGCACAUUGCUCCUUCGAGUGGCCCGAUCGAGCUGCUCGGUGAUUUUGGCAGAUCACCUGUUACAACUCGGAGCACCCAUCAACUUCUGUUCUUCUUCAGGACGCGCAAUCGGUCAAACACCGCUGUAUGUCGCUGCGAAGAAGACCUCCGUAGAAGCAGCCUUCUUCAUGAAGUUUCUUAUCCUUAACGGCGCAGAAACCGUGGUAUCAAUCAACCGUACUGUCACACAUAUCAGCGAAGAAAAGGGCGCCGCAAAGAUAGCCGAAAAGGUGGGGCUUACAUGGAGUGAACUAGAGGAGAUGUAUAAAAAGAGCGAAAAGUAUAAACCGACACACGAUGACGAUUAGCCCUGCUUGACAGGCUUAACCAUGAGCCGAGUCUACACCCAAUCUUAAGAAAUAUAGUAUUGGCUAUAUGACUAUAGUAUUCCAUAUAUGGAAAAUCAAACCGAUGGUGACCGAC